CAAAAAGCAUUCAUUGAUUCCUCCUCUAAUUAAAAUCCCUCUCGCUCGCAGACUCGCAGUAGCCAUUACAGUCUGAUACGCGAAGCAGGAGGAACCCUAAAACCAGAGAGGAAGAAGAAGAAGAAGAAGCAGAAGCUCAGCAUUUUGAAGCAGUUUAAGCAUGAGUCGAGGAAGCGGAGGCGGAUACGAUCGCCACAUCACGAUUUUCUCACCCGAAGGUCGUCUCUUCCAAGUCGAGUAUGCUUUUAAGGCUGUUAAGGCUGCUGGGAUCACCUCAAUUGGUGUCCGGGGAAAGGACUCCGUAUGUGUUGUGACUCAGAAGAAAGUCCCGGACAAGCUUUUGGAUCAGACAAGUGUCACACAUCUUUUCCCCAUCACAAAGUUCCUAGGGUUGCUGGCUACUGGCAUGACAGCUGAUGCGAGGACCCUCGUUUCACAAGCAAGGAAUGAAGCAGCUGAGUUUCGUUUCAAAUAUGGAUACGAGAUGCCUGUGGAUGUGUUGGCUAAAUGGAUUGCAGACAAAUCACAAAUAUAUACUCAACAUGCUUAUAUGAGACCACUGGGAGUAGUGGCUAUGGUUUUGGGUAUUGAUGAAGAGGUUGGACCUCAGCUCUACAAGUGCGACCCAGCUGGCCAUUAUUUUGGUCACAAGGCGACAAGUGCUGGAUUGAAAGAGCAAGAGGCCAUUAAUUUCUUGGAGAAGAAAAUGAAGAAUGAACCUUCAUUCUCUUAUGACGAGACUGUGCAGACUUGUAUUUCUGCCCUGCAAUCAGUUCUGCAAGAGGAUUUCAAGGCCACUGAAAUUGAGGUUGGAGUGGUGGUAAAGGAGAAUCCAGUCUUCAGAGUGCUGUCCACCGAAGAGAUUGAUGAGCACUUGACUGCUAUAAGUGAGCGAGACUGAGUCCUGGCCUUAAGCCAAUACUGCCCGGAGAUGUUCGGUUUUGAUGAUGUGCUGCAUAUUUUCGUAUCCCUUUCAGAAUAUCAUGUUAACUUAAAACAUUAAAAGCGAUUUGGCCGGGAUGUUACUCCGACGUCUGUAACUUUUUUUAGUUGAAUUACUGUUGUAUGAUUGUCAAAAUUCACUCUUUUAUGAUUUGUAGCCAUUUUUUUUUCCAGAAUUAGUUGUUGAGACCUCAAA